UCCAUCCCAUCCCCAAGACCCUCACAAAGAGCGCAUGCUCUCCUAAUUCCUAUAACUUACAUACGUACUCAAUUAAUAUCCAUAUAAUUCCACCCACAUAAUAUACAUCACCACAUCUAUACUAUUCUCUUUCUUUAUUUCUUCUUCUUCUUUUUCACUCGUCUCUCCUCCAGGACAAUUAAGAUUCUUUCUUUCUUUCAUGGAGAAGAGAAGCCAACUGCUCAAAGAUGAGCUUUUCCUGCAACAUCCAUGUCUGCUUCUUUUGGCCUUAGCUUUGGGAUUGAUUGUAAUGGACCCAUUUGAGAUGAGUCCGGUUGGAGGCCAUGACUUCCGGCCAGUCAAGCAUGACAUUGCACCAUACCACCAAGUCAUGGCCAGCUGGCCUAGAGACAACCGAAGCCUCUUGGGACUUGGGAAUUUGGAGUUCGUUGAUCAGGUAUUCGGCCCUGAGUCGUUGGAGUUCGAUUCGUCCGGGCGUGGCCCGUACACUGGACUAGCCGACGGUCGCAUAGUACGGUGGAUGGGAGAAGAUGAAGGUUGGCAAACGUUUGCUCUUGUAACAAGGAAUUGGUCUGAGAAACAAUGUGGGAAAGGGGUGGACUCAACCACACCGAAGCAGUGGAAGGUGGAGGCGCAAUGCGGGCGGCCUCUUGGCCUAAGGUUCGACCAGAAAACUGGAGACUUGUACAUAGCGGACGCUUACUACGGCCUGCUGGUUGUCGGGCCAGAAGGUGGUGUCGCGAGUCCUCUGGCAACUCAUGCCGGGGGGAAGCCUAUUUUCUUCGCGAACGAUCUCGACAUCCAUGCCAACGGAUCCAUCUUCUUCACCGAUACAAGCAAGAAAUACAACAGAGUGGAGCAUUUCUUAAUUAUGUUGGAAGGAGAAGCCACCGGUAGGCUUCUGAGGUACGACCCUCCAACGAGGACAACUCACAUCGUAUUGGAUGGCUUGGUUUUUCCCAAUGGAGUACAAUUGUCCAAAGACCAGUCCUUUCUUCUAUUCACUGAGACUACCAAUUGCAGGUUGAUGAAGUACUGGUUAGAGGGUCCAAGAAAGGGAAGCACCGAGGUAGUGGUGGACUUGCCGGGGUUUCCAGACAAUGUGAGGCUGACUGAGAGGGGUGAGUUCUGGGUGGCGAUAGAUUGUUGUCGAACAAGAGCACAAGAGGUUCUGAUUCGCAACCCGUGGUUGAGGAGCGUAUACUUCAGGCUACCAUUGCCAUUACGGUACUUGGCGAGGAUGAUGGGGAUGAGAAUGUUCACAGUAAUAUCUCUUAUCAAUGAGAAAGGAGAGGUGUUGGAGGUUCUUGAGGACCGAAACGGCCAAGUGAUGAAGCUUGUGAGUGAAGUUAGAGAGGUGAAGGGGAAGCUAUGGAUUGGGACUGUGGCUCACAACCACAUUGCCACUCUUCCUUACGCUCAAAAAGUGGUAAAUGGGGAUAAUAAUGCUAUUGUGUAACUGUAUACAUGUUUGUUGGCAUUGGCAAUAUUUAUUAGUUCCAUAACAGUAUUAUGUUUGUAGCCAAACAUAGCCUGAUACGUAAUUUCUAAUGGGA